GCAAAAAAAAAUGCAGGUGUUCCACUUCUACUCGUUUGCCAGCUAGCAGUGCUUUUCAGCACCUCGGAAUCGCAAUAUUCGCGCAAGUAAAACGAAAAUUUCGUUCCGUCCGUAAUCGGUCAGUGCGGUUAGUGCCCUGAAGAAUCACAAAAACGCAAAGAUUCGCCGAAAAAUAGUGUGGAAAAUAAAUUGUGCAAAUUUGAGUGGUGGAGAAUCAUUCGGUGCUGCUGAUAGCGAGCGGUGCAGGCAGUGCAGAUUCGAGAGUGCGAAGCGAAAACUAACACCCCACGUCAGAAACGAAAGCAUGACAGCAUUCAUUUACAUUAUAGGUAGCUAUCUAAUAAGCAGCAGUCAGUGACAACGGGAUUUGCAAGUGUAUCAACUUGUCUGCUGCGUACCUUAUGAUAUAACUAUUGUGAACUGUUUACCGCUUUGUGAGUCAAUAAAGUUGGAUUGAAGACGUUGCUGAAUGGGAAUAAAAGAAGUUCUCUCGGGAUAAAAAGUGCCUACCGAAAAAAUAAGCAAAAGAAAAUGAAGUAAAAAGUGAAUGUGAAGUAAUCCAGAAAAAGAUCACCGAAAAAAAGUUGAAGCAGAGUUUCGGCGCUAGAAUGCCGGGGAGAAGCACCGCCAACGUUCGUCAAGAUAAUGGGAUUUUUUGUGAGUCUGUACGUAAACUUGGAGACGAAGCAAACGAAAAGAAACGGUCACAGCAUCAGCAGCAGUAAUUGCCGUGGCCUUGAAAAGGAACGAGUUUGAAUCAAAAAAAAAAAGUUCAUUAGCAAGUGCUUCAGAAAGAGAGACGCACGCAGCGUGCUUAGAAGCGGCAGUGAUUGAUAGUGUCAAACAGUGUGUCAUCAAAGUUACGCUUCUAGAGAGUCGCACUUAGAUGACGUCGUCAUCGAACAUUGACUCGCACUUCUCACCGGCUGGUGGUGGAGGUGGCGGUGGUGGUGCAUCCGGGUCCAAUCAAACGCCCCAGUACCCUUACCAGCAGCAACAGCAGAAUCAUCUGCCAUCACAACACCACAAUCAUGCCCACCAUCCCAAUCAACACCUCCAGCAUGCGAAAAAGCAAUCGUUUCCGAUUGUAUUGCCACCGAUGACCGCCUUGGUAACGCCUGCUACAAACAUGGAUUCGUUGACGUCACCAAUACCGGCGACUGGGCGUACUAUUUCGCGCCAGAGGCCAACCGUGGCUCGGGAAGCCGAGGGGAAGGCGACCACUCUGCCGUCCCGGGUAUCUCAGCUGUACUACAAGCAUGGGCUGUUCUUGUCCAGCUAUCCGACCUGUGCGACCAGCAUUGCCAUAGCCGUCAUCAUUUUUUGUUGGUGAGUGAUGAUUCUUUUAAUUUUUUUUUAGUCCAUCGCUAAUUACUAGCUGACAUU